AUGAGCAGCGGGGCGGCGUCCGGGACAGGGCGGGGGCGGCCCCGGGGCGGGGGGCCGGGGCCCGGGGACCCCCCACCCAGCGAGACACACAAGCUGGUGGUCGUGGGCGGCGGCGGCGUGGGCAAGAGCGCGCUGACCAUCCAGUUCAUCCAGUCUUACUUCGUGUCUGACUACGACCCCACUAUUGAAGACUCCUACACGAAGAUCUGCAUGGUGGAUGGUGUCCCAGCCCGGCUAGACAUUCUGGACACCGCUGGCCAGGAGGAGUUCGGUGCUAUGCGGGAGCAGUACAUGCGUGCCGGCCAUGGCUUCCUGCUGGUGUUUGCCAUUAACGACCGGCAGAGUUUCAACGAGGUGGGCAAGCUCUUCACGCAGAUCCUCCGAGUCAAGGACCGAGAUGACUUCCCCAUCGUGUUGGUCGGGAACAAGGCAGAUCUGGAGACACAGCGCCAGGUCCCCCGAUCCGAAGCCUCCACCUUCAGCGCCUCCCACCAUGUGGCCUACUUCGAGGCCUCGGCCAAACUGCGCCUCAAUGUGGACGAGGCCUUCGAGCAGCUGGUGCGGGCCGUCCGGAAGUACCAGGAACAAGAGCUCCCGCCCCGCCCGCCCAGCGCCCCCAGGAAGAAGGACAGGGGCUGCCCCUGCGCCCUCCUGUAG